AUGACGUCCGUCGUAGAUGAAAGGGUAUCUGAUGAAGUGGAAGUCUUGGAAGCUAUUUUAAUGAACGAUGUAAUCAUUGAACGAGAAGGCAAUAAGCCUACUAUAAUCGAAACAGUCGUUCAUCCAUUAACUGGAGAUGAUACAGAUCAGCAAUAUGUAUGUGUUACUUUAGAAGUUAAAUUGACUCCAGAUUAUCCAGACAGUAGUCCUGAAGUGACCUUAAGGAAUCCCAGGGGCUUGGACGACCAGCUGCUGUCCAUGAUUAAUUCACAAAUUAAGGAAAAAUUGGCAGAAUGUCUAGGGCAGCCUGUAGUUUUUGAACUUAUAGAGCUUGUACGCGAGAACUUAACGGAAAGAAAUCUUCCGAGUGGCCAGUGCGUGAUUUGCCUGUACGAUUUUGUCGAGGGUGAUAAAUUCACCAAGACCCAAUGUUACCACUAUUUUCACAGCCAUUGCCUUGCGAGCCAUCUGAUCGCUGGGAAGAAAUAUUAUCAAGAAGAUUUAGAUAAACUUCCCAACUGGCAGCAGAUGCAAGCCCCGCCAUAUCAGCCAUCAUGCCCAGUGUGUCGCAGUGAGGUAUCCUGCAAUGUAGAUGCUCUUAAGGAAGCUCCACCGCCGAUCGAAUCUAACAAUGCAGAACCAUUUCGUCUGACUCCUGAAAUGAAGGCCAUGCAAAAGUACAUGGCCGGCAUACUAGACCGGCAAAUAGCUAAAGGAGGUGUCGUUGGAAUGGGAGAUACGGGACCACCGCCAAUUACCAUAACCACGCCGGCUGAUACUGAAAAUGAGGCGGCAACCAAUGGCUCGCCAAGUAGCCAACAAGAUGAGGCAAAGCCUGAGGCCAUUCCCAACGGUCGACCUGCUGGUAACACCUCAAAUGAGAAUUCUACUCCUGGAUCGCCGCAAGCGCAGCAAGCAUAUCGAGGUCCUUACAGGGGCUUCAACCGGCGCGGUAAACCCGGGCGGCGCGGGCGCGGCGCGGCGGGCGCGCGGUGA